CGGUGGGAGGAGUGGCCCGGUGUCGGUCAUGUCUUAUAAACAUCAAGUUCAUUACAGUCCACGGAACGCGUCGCGCAUGGACUUGCCAGGUAUUUGUUUUGCAGUCUUCGACGAGUUAACAGUUAUAUACAGGUUUGAAAUGGUUUCUGUAAAUAUAAUAUAGGUUGCACAGUUGUAUAAGGAAAAGAACAUGGCUUAAUGCGUCGGAAUAAAUGUCAAGAUUAGAGCAAAAAUGGCCCUAAAGUUUUCCUAAUUCGAAUUUUUACCUUAGUCAGAAUUUACCGCAACGCUCUGAACUACCACCAACAGCGGUCUUUAUUUAGACAACAGUAGUCCUACUGUACACAUUUGCUUUUGAGUACUUUUAUAUCUAGAUAGCUGUUCUAAUAGUGGAGAAUGGAGACAGGUAAUUGUCGUAUGAAUGGUGGUGGUGGACUUGACGGUAUCGGUGGAGGCGGCGACGAUUCCUCAAAUGGUAUGAUCACGCUAGAGGACCUGGAAUCUUUUUCGGAAGACCAGCUGUCAGAUUCGGGCACUGGGAGUCUGGAAGAGGCGGGUGAGACGAUCGAGGACGAAGAGCAACAAGACGGAUUGCUGCGUUACUGGCAGGACGCCGCACGGGGACACCAAGUGGAAGUGCCUCGAGACAUGGCUGAGCCCAUUCAGCAGAUUACCAGCAACAACAACGGCCAACACGACCGGGAGCACGUGCCCUUCACCCUCAUCACGCGUAAGGAAAAGUGUGGAGACAUGCUCUAUGAGAAGAGACACUAUGAGAAGGCCCACUGGGCGUGUAUCACGGUUCAUGAGGACACCUACGAGCAGAGCAUCUGUUACGGCUUCAUGAAGCUCAUGAGAUACAUCUGCCAGCAGAACUCCUCAGGUAGCUAUCUGGGUAUGACCAUCCCUAUCCUGACUGUGAUCCGUACGGACGAGAACCACUCUGUCUUGUCCAGGGACGUCACAGUGGCCUACUACCUGCCCACAGAAUACCAAGUCCAGCCACCCCUGCCUUCUGACACUGAAAUAAGCAUUGAGGAAUGGCCUGCCACCAUUGUAUACACAAGGUCCUUCACUGGCGCCACAAACGAGGUGACCAUCAUUAAUGAGAUCAGCGCCAUGGCGGAAAUGCUGGACUCCCCCGCCAUGCAUGUGAAUGACUCGUUCAUCGUGGCCGGCUACACCAACCCUGCGGUGGCGAACCGACAGAAUGAGAUUUGGUUCCUGGAGCGGCCUUGAGGGUCAGACUAACCUUGGCCCAUCCUCCUAAACCUGACCCACCCAACACCCCAGUCCUUAUCCCAUCCUACUGAUUCACUCCUUCCUGUUCUAGAGAGAAGAGACUUAUGGGCAUGGCUGAAAAGGGCCCUUAUUACUAGUCCUGUGCGAGGCUGCAUCCUUUGGGUCCAUGAACACCUUUACGAUAGGGCAUCUAGUCUAGAUAUUUUACUCUGCUGUUUUCCUCACAUAGUUGGGGCUUGACAUUCACUUAUUUUAGUCACUUGUCAUUCGGACAAGUAGGACAGAUUUUUCUUUUAACUUGUCCAAAAAAAAUAAAUGGCCCACAACACAAUUUUUUACAUCCUUGUAUGAUGCAAGGAACCACUUUACAAAAUAAAAUGGAGAAUCAGACAAAAAUGUCAGAAACCAUCUAUCUAUUGGCUUCUUUGCCUGUCUCAAAAUACAACACUGCCCCUUUUAAGGCUCUCCUGGAGGAUAGUUGGCCACCCUUAGCCUAUGAAAUAUUGCAACGUUACAACUACAACCAAAUACUUUGUCUUCAUAAAAUAAUUCCCUUUGCCUAUAAGGUAGACUACGUCAAAGCAAGGUAACUAACACAUAUGGGAUAUUUUUUGACCGCGUGUGAGUUAUUUGUCAAUGAGGCUAUUCUAAUAAUAUUUUGAACGUUGUCAGAAUGACAUGGCCAAUGUUUAAUAGAGGGGGGAAUCCCAGCUCACCAACUGUCAGAUGUAUUUCUCAACUCACAAUGUUGAGCGCUUGAUAGGUUUUACAACAGGGUUAUGUAACAUUGCUUUACUAAUGCACCCGUUCAUCAAUGUUGCACUGGAGUGCUGGUGCCAUGACAUUAAUGCAUGCUGAAUAGUUAGUUACAGAGAACUAGCCAGGCUAAACAAGAUGUUUUGAAUUGGCUAUGUAGUUUUAGUCUGUCUGUCAUUAUUAAAGGUUACCUCGCUGCUAUAAUGUCUGUCUGUCCAUGGGCCUGCUCACCCACGCAGGUGAUUCACACACCAUGACUUUUCCAGGAUUUUAAUGACCGUACCCUGUUUGCUGACCAAAAUGAGCUAUUACUGGGUAAAAAAUAAACUAGCAAGGAAUAUCAAAUGUGCACACGCUCGUGCCUGUCAAUGCAAUAGAAUUCUACUCCGAUGCGAUCAGUGUGCAAAACAUCGCAUACGGGAGACACUUGUUUGAUAGUGAUUUUUUUUUUUUUACUUGUCACGGACAAGCAUUAAUGUUGAGCCCUGAUAGUCUUGACGACCUCCGAAGGGUGAGGAGUCAUGUGACGUUUACUUGAUGUUUUGUGAGAAGUGGAUGGAUAUUAGAGCCAUGCCUUUAGAGAGUUGGGCCAACUGUUGGGUUUCUAAUUCUAGAUAUUCAGUGACAUAGCGUUGUUUAAAUAGUCCCCAUGUCAUUUGAAUGGGGACAGCUAACAUGGCUGCCAUAGAAUGUUGAAUAUUGUUCUAAAUUCUAGACAGUGACAUGGUGUUUAAAUAUUCCCCAUGUCAUGUGAAUGGGGACAGCGAACAUGGCUGCCAUAGAAUGUUGUAGUGUCAUGGAAAUGCAUCAAUGCAGAAACCUCAAUGACCCAUCUCUCUAAAUACAUGGUUCUGAUGGAUCCUAAUUAUUGCGCCAGUCACACUGUAAACCUUGGAGAACUGCAAUACUUACCAGGUUAUUAACAAUCCUGAACGAUGACUGCUAUUCCAGUCUGCUUUAGUGGGGGAUAAGUGCAGUCUUCACCAUGGUAACUACCACCGCUUAGACAAUUUAAUGCGAUAGGAGGGUGGAUUUAUUCGUUAUGAAGUGUGUCAUUCUCUUUCUGUCAAUGAAAAACACUGAACAUGACACAGACAAACACCGGAUAAAUUAAACAGCCAACAGUCUGAAUGUAUAAGCAUGGUGAGACAGAGAAAAUACGUAUUACUACAAACCAAAAUCACUUACCUUUUGUUGUAUGACAAUCGAGCAGCUAUCUGCAGCGUACUACACUUUUCUAUGCUCUGAGAGUCAAUGCAUUCCUCAUUCUUAAAGUUAUGAUGUUCACAAACGACCUAAUUCUGUCUCUUUACCUAAUGUUCCAAUCCAGACAUUGUUUUGUGUCGGUGUGUGUGUGUACUAUUCGCAAGUUACCUGACACUGCUGACGAGAAACAAGUAACAUUGAAAACAGAGUAAAAGCAUGGAGCAGUGUGAUGGAGCUGCCUAUCAUAUACAGGGUUAUAUUUGUUUAUCUGAGUAAGAAAAGUGAUUUAUUAGUCCACAGCAUUAGGGUUCUAUACCCCAUUUUAGCAAAAAUCCAUUAAAGCUCAAAAUAAGAGGCAUUUAUCUUCCAAAUAUUUUGUAAUGAAACCAAUUACUAAGAGGAUGAAUUUAGCAUAAGAAAAGUGAUGUGUAUCAUAUCUAUUUUGUUGACUCAACAAUACAUAGAGCUUGAACUUUCCUAUCAGUUGUUUUUAAAGGAGAAUAGGCCAUUAUUGCUCAACACCGGGCUGUAUAUUGAAGUAGCUGUGACAACACCAGUCACACAGUAUGUCAGGUAACUGUACUUUGCCAAAUAAUCACUGUGUCAAGUCUUGUUCAGGAGAUCAUCUUUCUCAUUAAUGACCAGUCAUAACCAUUAUUUGACCAUGUACCGCAUUCAGCAGCAUAUAAACAAACAGCAUCUCAAUCACUUAAAUCGCCAAGUCCAGUCUGAAAGUAGUUCACAGAAACUGUCGUCCCCAUGACUUCAUGGUCAGUGUAGUGAUAACGCGCGCCUUUUAACCGAGUUGUUUCAGUGGUGGUUAGUCUUAACUGUUUGGCCUCUGCAGCUUUUUACACUUUAGGUUAGUUGUUUUCCUGCCCGUAAUCAGAGCUGAUGUAGAAUGUAACGUUGAAGUUCUAAAUGUGAUGUCGACACCACGUAGGAUGUACCGUUGAAGUUCUAAAUGUGAUGUAGACACCACGUAGGAUGUAACGCUAGUUCUAAAUGUGAUGUAGACACCACGUAGGAUGUAAUGUUGAAGUUCUAAAUGUGAUGUCGACACCACGUAGGAUGUAACGUUAGUUCUAAAUGUGAUGUCGACACCACGUAGGAUGUAACGUUAGUUCUAAAUGUGAUGUCGACACCACGUAGGAUGUAACGUUGAAGUUCUAAAUGUGAUGUAGACACCACGUAGGAUGUAACGUAGACACCACGUAGGAUGUAACGUUAGUUCUAAAUGUGAUGUCGACACCACGUAGGAUGUAACGCUAGUUCUAAAUGUGAUGUAGACACCACGUAGGAUGUAACGCUAGUUCUAAAUGUGAUGUAGACACCACGUAGGAUGUAAUGUUGAAGUUCUAAAUGUGAUGUCGACACCACGUAGGAUGUAACGUUAGUUCUAAAUGUGAUGUCGACACCACGUAGGAUGUAACGUUGAAGUUCUAAAUG